AUGGUGAAAGUGCUUUUGACCGGUAGCGGUUUCAUCGCUGCCCACAUCGUGGAUAUCUUACUCCAACAUGGCUUUGAGACCGUGGUGACCGUUCGAUCUGAGGACAAAGGCAACCAAAUCCUCAAAGCGCAUCCCGACGCGAAGGACAAAAUCUCCUUCGUGAUCGUCAAGGAUGUGGCCCAGGAGGGGGCAUUUGACGAGGUCAGUGAAACAUCGUUGCAGGGAAUGUACAUAUCACUGACAAAACAACAGGCUGUCAAGUCAAGCCCUCCAUUCGACUACGUUCUCCAUACCGCCUCGCCUUUCCACUACAAUGUCCAGGAUCCCGUGAAGGAUUUCCUGGACCCCGCCAUCAAGGGAACCACUGGUAUCUUGAAGGCAGUCAAAGCUUACGCUCCAACUGUGAAGCGAGUGGUGAUCACAUCAUCCUACGCUGCGAUUGUCAACGUCAAGGGUCACCCCAAGGUCUACAGCGAGAAAGUGUGGAACCCAGUGACAUGGGAGGAGGCCAUGGAUCACUCCCAAGUCUACCGGGCUAGCAAGACAUUCGCCGAGAAGGCUGCUUGGGAUUUCGUCGAGAAGGAGAAGCCCAACUUUGACAUUGCGACCAUCAACCCGCCCCUGGUGUUUGGUCCGGUCGUUUCCUACUUGAACUCUUUGGAGGCCAUCAACACCUCGAACCAGCGUUUCCGAGAUGUGAUCCAGGGCGAAUGGAAGGAGAAGCCAGCCGCGACGGGCAACUUCCUCUGGGUGGAUGUCCGCGACGUUGCGCUCGCUCAUGUGAGAGCGAUCGAGGUUGAUGAGGCUGGGGGAGAGAGAUUCUUCAUCACCGCGGGCUUCUUUUCAAACAAGGAGGUCACGGAGAUCACUCGCAAGACUCACCCUGAGUUGGAAUCCAAACUGCCACCUGCGGACGCCCCCAGCGAUUCUUCGCCAACUACCUAUGGAUACGACAACAGCAAGUCGCAGAGGGUUUUGGGCUUGGAAUAUCGACCACUUGAAGAAACAGUGAAAGAUACCAUAGACUCACUUCUGGCUAUUGGAGUUUAG